AUGGCCUACAACAGACCUUACAACCCCGACGAACUCCCUAGGUUCGCGGAGCCCGAGCAGAAGGGCGGCCCUGCCCCAGCUCAGGCCCAGAGACCUCCUCAACAGCAGCCACGCUACGAGAGCAAGCCGCCUCCGCCCGUUCCCCGCGACGACUACCGCCGCCCCGACCCUCGCGACGACCGCCGACAUAGCCCCAAUCCUAUCUACGGCGCAACUUCUCCUCCUCCCACCGGCGGCCCCCGGCCGACUGCCAUGCAAAACCGCCCGCCCCCCAACUCGAGACCGCCUCCAUCUCCUGCCCCCGAAAUGGCCGACGGCGCCGACCCGACUCUUCUGCCUUUGUUCCGGGCUGUCGACAAAGACGGCACCGGCCAGCUUUCCGAGCGCGAGCUUAGCACAGCCCUCGUCAACGGUGACUGGACCGCCUUCGACCCCCAGACAGUGCGCAUGAUGAUUCGCAUGUUCGACUCCGACCGCAGCGGCACGAUUGGUUUCGCCGAAUUCUGCGGCCUGUGGUCCUUCCUCGCGUCCUGGCGCACCCUCUUUGACCGCUUCGACGCCGACCGUUCCGGCAACAUCUCGCUCCCCGAAUUCAGCAACGCUCUCGUCGCCUUCCGCUACCGCCUCAGCCCAGGCUUUGUUGAGCUGCUGUUCCGUACAUACGACAAGCGCAAUGAAGGUGUCAUGUCUUUUGACCUCUUCGUUCAGGCCUGUAUCUCUCUCAAGCGCAUGACGGACGUUUUCAAAAAGUACGACGAAGACCGCGAUGGAUACAUCACCCUCAGUUUCGAGGAUUUCUUGACCGAGAUUCUGAAGCAGCUCAAGUAG